CCACCGUCACCGUUGCUGUUGCUACUACUGCUGCCGCUGCUGCCACUAUUCUCGAUAAACGACAGCCACCGGCCGGCAGAUUUGCUUCGAACGGCUUUCACGGCGAUGGUGAUCAGCUGCAGGAUUUGGUCGCUACCAAAUUCGCGACUUUGGCUAACCAUGGCGCCUCUUCCAAGCAGGACAAAAUUCGGAUUAUGAUAGAGGAUGGCAUUAGGUUAAGUCGAUUUUAAGUUUCAAGGAAACCUCUUUGUACAGUUUUAUUUUUUUUCUAUCAUAGAUUUCCAUUUUUUCCAAUACUAUAAUUUAUAACGAGAUUGAUCUAUACAACACACUUUAUCCAAAGGAAGGACUUUGUCCUCUGUGGCUUUAGAAAAUAUAUGGUAACGCAUCCUUCGAAGGUCUGUACUAGAUAGGAUAGGAUGUGUUACCAGAUAGCAAUAAAUCUGCAUUAUUGAUAUCUGUAUUAUUGAUAUCAUUAAAUCAUGUAGUUAUAGCAUGCGUUACUACUACUAGAACUUGUAAUAACUGAAUUUGUUUAUAAGUACUUGUCAACUUGUCAGCAACUUAUGUUGUGGUCCGAAAUGUCUUAUCCAAAAUUCAUGCUGUUGCCAUUAUGUUACCAUAAUUAUAGAAUCGCAAUGCUGUCAUAUAGCUGACAACUUGAAGUAAUUUUGAUAUUGCUAUCUUGACAUUAAAUAGCUGCUAAUACAUGUAUAUAUUUCUGUAUGUUGAUACUAUGUCACUGCAUUUGAAAUUGCUAUAGCUAAAUAUAUUGCAAAUUGUCAGUAUUGUAAGUGAUCACAUGAUUUUGCUUAGACACACUUGGUUAUCUGAGUUACUUUAGAAUGUUUUUGCUUCCUGUUUUUUUUUUUAUAAGAUCUGUUUGUUACAGCUGAAUGUAUACUGAGUGUAUACUCAUACUUAAAAUGAGAUAGAUAUAUAUGUUAAGUUUGAUAAAAGUGAAUAGAAAGUUUUAGUGAAGUUUAAUCCAGUAUGGUAACAAACCUGUAAUAGAAUCCUAGUAAUUGUUAACUAAGUUAGCAAUUUGAACAGAAUAUUGUAACAGAUUGGCAUCAAUUAACAUUAGCCUCAGGAUUUGAUAACAACAAAGUUAAAAAGUUAAAAGUUAAACAAUAAAGCGAAGAAUCUAGAGCGCACGUGGAUGAGAUCUUUUCGCAGGUGGAACGACUUAAGAUAGAGGAAAAGUUAUUGUUGUACCUGAAACUUCCGUUAUUGCUGACAAAUCCAAGUGGGACCGUCGAUCCGUUGAGACAGCCAUUAAAUCCAUUAGGAAAUCGAUACGAAAUUCAUCAGACCAUUAUGUGGAUUAAGACUCAUUUAGAAGAAGAUCCAGAUGUAUCUUUACCGAAGCAAGAAGUAUAUGAUGAAUACAAUAUGUAUUGUACAAGAAAUUCUAUGAAGCCGUUAUCGACGGCUGACUUUGGAAAAGUCAUGAAACAAGUAUAUCCGCGAGUGCGCCCUCGUAGGUUGGGCACACGGGGUAAUUCUCGCUAUUGUUACGCUGGUAUGCGCAAGCGAAUUAAAUUGGAUCCUCCAACACUGCCAAAGAUAUCUGGCUCUCAAACUGAAGAACAUUCGGAGGAAAAUAGCACUGAAGAAAUGCUAGGUGCUGCAUCUACAUUAAUAAGAGAAUGGGCGGAAAAAGAGUUGGGCUUGAAAUUUCCAAAUUUGAGUGCCUUAGCGCGGCAUCUUGUUGAUAAUUUUCGUGUCGAUACUCGGUCUCUGGCUGCGGUUUGCAUUCUUUCAGCUUCGAAUCAGCAUGAUACAUCGUCUAAUAAAGAGGUAAUUUCGGAUUUACCAACAACGCCUGUAAGUGGCAAGCCUGCUAAGCUUCGAGAGGCCCAGUUGCAAUUGCAACGCAAGUUACAGCAACGCGAGCAUAUAAAAGAUCAGAAACCUCGUUGUCCUGAUUCUAUUAUACAGAGCAAAGAAAAAGCCAUUGACUGUAAAGUAAAUAUCGGCAAAGGUAGCAAGAAGAUUAAGUCCAACCAGUCACCUCAAGGUACAAAUACAGCAACAACAACAGUGGUCGCACAAAACUCACUGGCAAAACUAAAUUUAUCCGCUAUAGUCUAUAAUCGGCAAAAAAAGGUAUCGAAAAUUUGCAAUCAACAGCAACAAACUUGCAAUGUCUCCCAAGAGUCUAACUGUGAUAGUUUAGUGGUACACUUGCGCGAUAACAGACAAAAUAAUAGCAGCCCUAGAGUAACGAUGAAUGUGCAGCGCGAUGUCAAAGGUAAAAAUUCCAGGAAACGUGCCAAUAAUCCAAUUGUUGCACAGCAGGAGCCCAGUCCUGAGAAACAGACAAAGUUUAUAGAGGAGAUUCCAGAGCAUUCCAACGCUUUGUUACCUAAGUUAGCGUCUAUUCAACGCGCCAGCAAGAUAUCGGUGAUACUAGCUAGCAAUUCAAAAUCUGUCAAGUGCAAAGCAGUUGAGACUGUGGACAGUCAACUUGUUAAAAACUGUGAUAUUGACUCUUCGAAGAGUCGUUCCACUACUGGCAACGUAGAAACAUCCUCGGGACUCCUCACGAGGGACCAGAUCCGCCUCUUGCAAGAUACGCCGGUCUUCAAAGACGGAAAGGUCCGUGACAUUGACACGGACGCCUUAGAUGAUUAUUUGAACGGCGGGAACAAUUCACAAGAGCAGGAGGAGGAGUUGCUACAGUAUUUUCAACAAAGUAGCUCGUCUAGUUCUGAUGUGGAAACCAGCGUUGUUAAUUCCGAUACUGAACAGAUCUCUCGGUCGGACAAAGUGUCGCAACUGCGAUUGAUAUUGCAACAGAAUCUGAAAGCACCCGUUAUCGCCACCGAUCGGGCACCUGUAACCGCUGUUCGGCAAAGUAUUGCCAUGGAAAAACGGGAUCCCGUACAAAAACAUAAUCUCAUACUCCCAACACUCUUAAAUCACCCUAAUCCAAGCGGUACGCGACGUCGCGUCAGUUUCGAAACGAAUGUCGUCGAGCAUGUUCAAGAGACAGCAACGCUAAGCGUAGCUAAUACCGUGCCACAGAGUCCAAAUACGCGACGCAGAAUAUUUAACUUCACUCCGAUCUCACCUGGUCCACAUUCUCCUAUUAACGGCCGCGCAUCCAAAUCAAACUCGGCAAACGCAAGUCCAUUCGUAUCUCCGCGCAAUACACCAGUGCCGAGAUCACGCAGUAACUUGCAAGCCAGUAGUUCCAGAUCGCGAGGCCAAAAGACGCUCUCCCGCUCCAUUUCAUGCAGCAUGCCAUACACGAUCAAGACGACGGAUACCUUCAUUGUACCAACGUCGAGCGGAGCGGAACACUCGCGGCAAGUGUUGACAGUGGCAACGACCAAGUCAUCGGAGGUUGUGCUGAAGGUACCACCGUGCACUGAAUUUCUGGACUUGACGCCUCAGAAACAAUUGCUAAUCAAUUAUCCGAGUCAAGAAAAUCUACAAGAGAUCAAGAAUAUAUAUCAGAAGGGUCAUCCACCUCCGCCUGACCAAGAGAUCACGGAGCUUCUUCACGCUGGCAGACACUUGAGCAAUGAACAAUUUUAUAGAUCGCAAUCGGUGCCAUUGCACAGGAUGGUGAAUCCCGUGUCCUUAAUGUCACCGAUCUCUACGCAACAAUGUCUGUCAUCGGUACAUAGUCAAAGCUUCAAUCCAUCAACGAGCAGUUCCGUCGCGCCUACUCCAGUACCGAGCGAAUAUAAUGAUUUUGGUCCUUCCAUUGGACAAGAAAGCACGUAUUUGUUGGAUGACGCAAACUUUAUGUCGGACGAGCAGCAGUUUUUGAUGACGGACAAAGGGAUCACGUCCGAAAACAUUAAUAACAUUCUUACGAUCUUGGACGAAGAGGGUCAGCCAAAUUUGCAAAUGUUAUCCGAACAGACCACGGAAGAAACAUUGAACAAUACGAUUGCUCUCGACGCUUUGCCAAAUACCAAUUUAAAUCUGUCGGAGGAAGAUAUGUUGGAUCCAUCGAGCAUCCUCGCCGAUGCUGGAGGCGCGUUACAAAAAAUUAUGCAAUCGCGAUCGUAUCCUAAUACGCCAUUGCCAGUACCGGUAUCCACGUACACACCUUACACAGAGGACAGCAAUGGCUCCAGAUCGUACCCGUCGACGCCUCUGCAUACAGUGCAAUCCCAGGAGGUGUAUCAAGAUCCAGGCGAGCCGAUAUUGUCCAGUCCCAUCCUUAAUUCUCUUAGUUUACAAGGCGAUGCAACGAAUGUCGCAGUUGUCACUGUGACCGGCACCACGGCCGGCAACGAUGUUGAUGUUGCCACCGCUUCGUCCAACAAUCUCUGUAGGAACGUUGCCGAUCUUCUCGAGGCCAGUUUUCUCGGAGAAGCCGACACAGAGACGGAUGAUCUGGAUCCUCUCGGUAAUUUUGACGGCCUCCAAGAUAUGGAUUCGUUGACACCGCUGUUCAACGAAGUCACGGAGCCUAAUCGCUGAGACCAUCCCUUCGAUUUCGCAUCGUAAUUUCGCAUUUGCACAGGGAGAGGUGUGAUAAAAUAAUAGACUGUUUGGGUCCGGUGGUUCUCAAUUGUAUUAUCUCACAGACCAUUUUAAAGUAAAUGAGAGGCGGUUAGAAGCAAAAUGUAUAAGUGAAUUUUAAUAAGAACUAAGAUAUUAUUAUUCAAUUUUAAGAUAUAGGAUACUUCGAAAUCUUGCGUAUCUAUCGUAAUGUAAUUUGAUCAUACAUUUUCAAAUAUUUUAAUUUUUUAUAAAUUGUGUAUAUAGAUUUCUUAUAGAAAACAUUAUUUCAGCUUAUAGUAAAUUAUAUUUUGACAUGCAAUUUACUAUCUAGGUUGUAUCAACGACUGUUUAAUCUUCAUCCUAAUAAAAAAGUAGUAUCGUAAUGAUGAUGAUAUUUGAAACUCGGAAAAAUUCGCGAGAUUUUAAAAAAAUGCAUGUUUUUAAAUUAUUAAAAAUUAUACAUCUCCAAGUAUGAUAUAUAUCAUUAAAAGGGAAUGUUUUUUUUCUACGAAA